AAAAACAUACGAACAGCUGACUUUAGAGCAACGGUUGGAAACUCCAUCAACUGACUGAAAUUUAUUUGACGCCUUUGCAAAAUUGAGAGUGGUUAUGUCCGACAAUUUUCAAUAAGAGCCGCGUAAAACUAAAUAAAUAAAAUAAAAACUAGAAAAAAAAAUUCGUAAAAGUGUAAAACUCGCUGACAAAUAAUGGAGGACUCCGAUACGCAGGAGCUAUUUCUAUUGGAAUUUCUGGUCGAUCGCGUCAACAUCCCAUCAGUGCAGGCCAUGCACGAUGACGUUCUGCUUGUGAAAACCUGCAUCGAAUUCAAAAUCUUGAACCUUCCACCUAUCUACAUUUGCCAAGACACCUCCCACGACAACUGCACCUGUCUGGGUGCGGAUGCACAGGUUUUCCGCAAAGGCAAAUCUUGUCUCUUUGCUCUGCCGUCAAAACUCCUAAAGAUACCCCUAUGCUCCUUCCCAAUCACCAUGUCCGUGUACAAAAAACUACCCCCCACUGUCCUGCCGGACAUCAUGACAAUCGGCACAUGCCAGAUCGAGAUUCGCGACAUGAUAAACUGUCUACUCCAAGAGUCACUGCUCACCUCUCAGAAUCCUUGCAAGACAUUAAAGAGUAAUUUCAGAAUUUCGACGGCCACGGGACAGUGCGUUGGCGAAGUCUGCGUGUUCCUCAGGUUCUCAAGAUUGGGCAGAAAAGUUGUAACGCAGUUCCAGAACCCGCACAAUAAGAAGCCGUACCUGUUUAAAGGUGCGGAGAAUAGUCCGGUGUUUCAGUGCAGAAAGGUGGCGUCGACGAUCCUGGAAGAAGACGCGCUCAAGAACUGCGUAUGCGAGGAGAAAACGGACGAGUGUAAGGUCGAGGAGAGGACGCCGAGGAGUUGCUGCGAAACGGAUGUGAGCAGUAGACAGAAGAAGAGAAGCGUAUCGAAAGGAAAAAGCUCGAGGAAACGACCCUGCUGUCCUGCGUCGCAUAAGCAGAGACGCGAGCCGCUUAGGGAAUGCCAGUCGGAGAAUCGUGGACAUACGCCUUACAAACGUUUGUUCGAGGCGCAAGGUGAGAAAGGGACGAGACAGUGCGGAUGCGAGAUCAAGGAAGACAAAUCGUCCGCCUGCAGAAAGUGAUCGAAGCAGAUGAAAGAUCGAGAGGGACAUAUUUUUGGCAAUGCAUCCGAUCAAAAUUUAAAGUUUUAAUUCACCAGAAGAAGAAAAAUGCCGGGAAAAGCAAAGAAAAAGAGCAAAAACGGAAACGGUUCGGAGGAGCAAAAAAAGCUCGAAGAAGAGGCUGAAAAGUCGUUGAAAUUGAAGCAACAGGAGGAAGAGCGCCAGCGAGCAUGGAACGAGGCAUGGGAGCGGAAAAUUCGAGAAGACGAGCGCCUCGAGGAUUGCAAGGCCUGCUGCGCUCCGGAUGAGUUUUUCCCGAGACCGAGAACCCAGACGAACAUCUGGGUCCAGAUAAAUCACGAGAAGAAUACUCAGCACGUCCAGAUGGCCUUCCAGAACGUGCCGGUACCCAAGCCGAAACCACCGCCGCUUCCAAGACUAAAAGUUAUCGAACCUCCAGGAGAAGAACGAAAUAGCGACCCUAAGCCGAUCGUCGGCGAUGGAAAAAAAUCUGAAACGAAGAAAAAGAAAUAACGACGGAAUCACUUACGUAAUGAAAUUAUGACUGACAGGAGAAUUAGUGCAAAUGAAGAGUAUUGGCUAACAAAGUUUGCGGAGAGAGAGAGAGAGAGAGAGAGAGAGAGAGAGAGAGAGAGAGAGAGAGAGAGAGAAGAGCACUGUCUCAUUAAGCUGACAGCGGCUAUUGUUGAAUGAGGAAAAGUGUAGUUGUAUGUGUGUGUAGGUAUCGGGCAGAAUUAGCGGAAAGUGCAUUGCGCAUGAUUCAUCCAGCGACUCGUGUCAACUCUCGACGUAUGUGUAUAUGAGAACGUGGCUUUUUUUAGAAAACAAGAGAUACUCUGUAUAUGCAUUACAUAAAUCGUCCUUUAAAGGCUAUUUGUCAUAAUUA